AUGGUUAAUUCUUGUAUUCCGGUUCUUGAUAUGCAAGGAAUAUCAGGGCAGCUUGACAAAGUUGUAAAAGCAUUAUGGAGGUGGGGAUGCUUCAGACUCUUUGAUCAUGGGAUUCCCUCAACUUUGAUGUCUGAUAUGAAGGCAGUAUCGCUUUCCCUUUUCGAUCUUCCUCUUGAAAUCAAGAAAAGGAAUGUUUAUCCUCAACGUUUGAUGGGGUACAUUCCUAGGAACACUAUCAAUUCAUUCUAUGAAGCCCUUGGAGUGUAUGACAUGCUCACACCUGAGGCCGUGGAUCAAUUCUGUGAUAAACUUGAUGCUUCUCCUCAUCAAAGGGAAAUAAUGCACGAGUACUCUGAAGCUAUUGAUGCUCUUGUGCAAGAACUUGGGCGCAAGAUCAUGGAAGGUUCUGGGCGGAGUCAUCCAAAAUUUUUGUAUUGA